GCUGCUGCUUCCCUCACAACAAUGUCACGAAAGUCUUGGAUUGAGGAAACUUUCCUCAAGCGUGAGUGUGUGAAGUUCAUUCCUUCCUCCCGGGACCUUCACAGAUGUUUUCCAGUUUGUCAAGUCUGCCAAAACUUAAUCAGAUGUUGCUGUGGUCGUCUGAUUGGAGAACACUUGUGGGAGGAGUCACUUCCUCCCAUGUCCCUCUGUCCUGCUCCUGGUCAGGACCUGGAUGAAGACUGGUCCAUGGAGCUCCACACCAAAGCCACGCCCACUAAUGCGUACGGAACCAUCGACUUUCAGGACACGGCAACGCGUGUCUGUCGCGCCAAGUUCGUACGCGUGGCCGUGGACUCGAGGGCGGAGUCAGUGCUGCAGCUGAUGCAGAGGGAGUGGCAGAUGGACAAACCCAAACUUCUGCUGACGGUGCACGGGGGAUCAGAGAACUUCAGUCUGCCUCUUAAGGUCCGGCAGGCGUUCAGUAAAGGUCUGAUCACCGCUGCUCUGAGCACGGGAGCCUGGAUCCUCACUGACGGCAUCAACACAGGUGUGUCUAAGUUUGUAGGUGAGGCAGUGAAAAUGUUCGGGGGUCACGACCUGAGGAAGAGGAACACGGUCGGUCUCACGCCGUGGGGUUUGAUCGACAACAACACGGACCUCGUCGGUCCAGAUGUCUUCAGACAUUAUCAGCCUCUGGGGAACCCACUGAGCAAGAGAGCCUGUCUCAAUGGUUUCCACUCCCACUUCCUGUUGGUGGACGAUGGAACGCUGGGGAAACAUGGCUGCCAGCAAGGCCUCAGGAGGAAGCUGGAGAAACACAUCCAGCUUCAGAAGAUACAUCCUCGUCUGAACCACGGUGUACCUGUGGUGUGUGUGCUGGUGGAGGGAGGAGCAGCGCUGGUGUCCACAGUGCUGGAUUAUGUCAGCAGCGUUCCUCCUGUGCCCGUCAUCGCGUUCGAAGGCUCGGGCAGAGCCGCCGAUCUGCUCGCCUUCUUUCACAAGCAGACGGCCGACGACAGGCAGCUGGUUGGAGACAUGAAGGAGGAUUUCCUCGUCAGGAUUGGUGACGUGUUUAAAGUGGACCGAGCAGAAUCUUCUCACCUCUACGACCUGUUCCUGCAGUGUAUGGAUCACAGACAGUCUAUCACCAUCUUUGACUCCGAGUCAGAGGACCAGAUGACUCCUGAUGCAGCCAUUUUGUCUGCGACACUGAAAGGGACCAGAGCUGGUCCUGCAGAGCAGCUCAGUUUGACUCUAGCCUGGGACAGAGCGGACGUGGCACAGAAAGACGUCCUGCUGUACGGACAACACUGGCAGGUUGGUUCCCUGGAGCGAGCCAUGCUGGACGCUCUCGUCAUGGACCGCGUCAGUUUUGUCAAACUGUUGAUUGACAACGGAAUGACCAUGAGUCGCUUCCUCACUGUGGAUCGACUGGAGGAGCUCUACAACACGCCUCAGGGACAGACGGACCGUUUCCUGCGUCACCUUGUUGAAGACGCUAAACAGACGUCCCUCCCCCUUGGUUACCGCCUCUCCAUCAUCGACAUGGGCGUGGUGGUGGAAUAUCUGAUAGGCGGAGCUUAUCGCAGCACGUACACACGCAAACACUUCAGAGCAGCGUACUGCCGCCUGCAGGAUAAAGAGGGAAGACGCAUGAGCUCCGCCUCCUUUUACAAACAGAGGCGGGGACUGAUAUCAAGCUCCCUGAGUGGGAGGAGCCUCCAGGAGCAGCAGUUCUUCAGAACGGCUCAGCCGUACAAAAGCAAGCAUCAGGACGUGUCCCUGAGCAGCAGCAGUGGUGUUGGUGGUGUUGAUGAACUCACUCUGGGUCCAGGUCUCGUCUCCGCCCCUCCGCUCGCGCCCUUUAACUUCAACGACCUGUUUGUGUGGGCCGUCCUUCAGCAGCGGCAGCAGAUGGCGCUGUUUCUAUGGCAACACGGCGAGGAGGCGCUGGCCCGAGCUACGGUGGCCUGUAAGCUUUACCGCUCCAUGGCCUUCGAGGCUCGACAGAGCAACAUGGACGACAACAUGGCCGACAGAUUCAAGGCCUACUCACUUGAGUUCGGUCAGCUGGCCGUGGACGUGUUGGACACGGCGUUCCGUCAGAACGAGCAGAUGUCCAUGAAGCUGCUGACGUCAGAGAUGGAGGCGUGGAGUGACUUCACGUGUCUGCAGAUGGCCGUGUCGUCGUGUCACCGAGCGUUUGUGUCUCACUCGUGCACACAGACGCUGCUCACGGACCUGUGGAGCGGUCCACUCAACAUGAGCAAGAACUCCUUCCUCAAGAUCCUCUUGAGUCUUGUGCUGCCCCCUGCUGUUUUGCUGCUGGAGUUUAAAAGUAAAGCAGAGAUGUGUCACGUGCCUCAGUCUCAUGAAUCCGUGCUGUUUGGACUCGACGCGGUGACGUCGGUGCAGGAGGAGAACGAUCCCACGCUGAAGGUGGAUCAGGAUGAAGAGCUCGGCCCGACGUGUCCUGUCUCAGAAAGUGUCUCCUCUGUGACAGUGCACUGUCUCUCCUGGAUUAAACGACUCUAUGGAUUCUACACAGCUCCUGUCGUCAAGUUCUGGUUUCACACAGUGUUCUACUUGGCCUUCCUGAUGUUGUUCUCCUUCGUGGUCCUGGUGAAGAUGGAGGACCAGCCCAGUGUGCAGGAGUGGUUGGUCAUCGCUUACAUCCUGUCCACAGCAGUGGAGAAAAUCAGAGAGGUUCUGAUGUCUGAGCCGAGGAAGCUGAGCCACAAGCUCAAGAUUUGGUUUUCGGAAUAUUGGAACAAGUCGGAUUUCAUCGCCAUCCUGCUCUUCCUGGCCGGACUGACGCUGCGCUGGCACGCUGACCCCUACAAGACGGCGGGACGCAUCGCGUACUGUCUGGACAUCAUCUUCUGGUUCAUCAGGGUGACGGAUCUGCUGGCUGUCAACCAACACGCUGGGCCUUACCUCACCAUGAUCACCAAAAUGACCAGUAACAUGUUCUUCAUCGUGGUCAUGAUGGCCAUCGUGCUGCUGAGCUUCGGCGUGUCCAGGAAAGCCAUCCUGUCUCCAGACGAGGAUCCGUCGUGGACUCUCGCUCGAGACGUGGUCUUCCAGCCGUACUGGAUGAUCUACGGAGAAGUCUACGCCACGGAGAUUAACCCGUGUGACGACGGCGUUCCCUGCGCUCCUGCCUCGUUCCUGACUCCGUUCCUUCAGGCCGUCUACAUGUUCUUCCAGUACAUCAUCAUGGUCAACAUUCUCAUCGCCUUUUUUAACAACAUCUACUUUGACAUGGCGUCCACGUCCAGCCGACUGUGGCGAUACAACCGCCAUCGUUACAUCAUCACGUACCAGGAGAGGCCGUGGCUUCCUCCUCCGCUCAUCAUCCUCAGUCACAUGACCCUGGCUCUGACCACCAUCUACGCGAGGCUGAGCGGAGACGCUGAGAGAGAGGAGACGGGAUCUGGACUCAAACUCCACCUGGGCCUCGAGGAUCGUAAGAAGCUGCACGAGUUUGAGGAGAAGUGUGUGGAGGUUUAUGUUCAUGAGCGACGUGAAGGUUCUCACAGCAGCGAGGCCGAGAGGAUCCGAGCCACCGCUGACAGAGCAGAGGAGAUGUGUGUGAUCUUGGGCGAGGUCUCAGAGAAGGUCGACGUGAUCCAGGACAGUCUGUUGGCUCUGGACGCUCAGCUGGGUCAGCUCCAGGAUCUCUCCGCUCUGGCCAUGGACACGCUGACUCUGCUGUCGGCCUCUGACAGCGUUCAUCAGGAGGAAGCUCGUCUGGCUCAGUCUGGAUUCACCGCAGCUCCUCCUCACGCUCCUCCUCAGGCUCCUCCUCACGCUCCCCCUCAUCCUCCUCCUCACGCUCCUCCUCACAGCUGGACGUUCCUCCACAGAAGCACAGGAAACGAACACGACGAUGCUCACGUCAGGCGGCUGACAGCUCAGUCGGGUAAAAGCACUCCGCCGUCUCUGUUGAAGGGUUUGACUGUGGCGGCGAGCAGAAGGACAUCGUUACAGGAGGUGGAAGACAGGGGGCGCAAGAGAGUGAGACAAGAAGACGAGGGGGAGAAGAGAGAGAGAGGAGGAGAAAAAGGAGAAGAGGAUCCUCAGUCUGAGACCUGGUCUGGACUUUGUAGACCUGCGUCUCAUCAUCAUGGACAUUUCUCUCAGACACCGUGUGAGUCCUGUGCUCCGUCCCGAUGUGGAUCUCCACAUCUUAAGUUCUGGAUUGGUGAUCCUUACCUGUAUCCCAGUCAGGAGGAAAUCUCCAUGGAAGAAGAAGAAGAAGGAGAAGAUGAAGGACAUGAAGGACAGGGACAGGGACAGGGACAGAGAAUGAAAUUGUCCAGAAACUCCAGCACUGCUGUGCUUCUGUCUGAUCCUCGCGACGUCUCUGAAGGUUUCGUCAAUCCUGCCUUUUCUCAGGACAGCAGUCGGCCGACGUCUCCGUCCAGAUCUUGUCAUGCGUGGGGACGUCCCGUGAAGGUGUCCCGGUGGACGUGCGUGUCCAGAGACCGUCCGUACGGCUACUGUCGCUCGCUGUCGUCCAGCAUGGAGAACAUGACCUUCUGUGGAGCGCCGCUCAGUCCCACCAGAGGCUCCUUUCCGUCGCUCUGCGACACCGUGAGGUCAGGGGGGCGGAGCUUCAGGGACGACGUGUCGCUGCGCUGCAGCAGCAGCAAAGAAUGGUCCAAGUCCUCUGACUUCAGUCCAGCCUCAGACAGCAGAGGGAAAACUCAGAGCAGGAAGACGGUGAAGAUUCAGGACAGAAGUCCAGACUCUGGACGUUUGAAUUUGUCAGACAUCUGCUGGAGGAGGAGACGCUGGCUGAGAGGAGAAGCCACGUGUUUGUCCACGUCGAUGAGCCUCAGUCAGCUCAAUUUUGAGCCCAUGGAUCUGCUGCAGAAACAAGUGUUUUCACAUCAGGAAGUGUGGAGUCCCACUCACUCAGCGUGGAACAGCUGGGCUCGAUCCAUGAGUCGCAGAUCUUCGUUACAGAGUAACAUCAACCCUGAAGUAAAUAGUUCAUCGUUUCAGUCCACAGAUCAUUCACAUCCUCAUUAUUCAGCUGUGGAGAGAAACAACCUGAUGAGAUUGGCUCACACUAUUCCCUUCACUCCUGUUUCCAUUUUAGGAGGUGAAGAGGUCAGCGUCUACUCUCUGGACGAAGUCUCCUCUGUCCCUGACUCUGUCCCUGUCCCUGAGGACAGCUCAGUGUCCUCCUGGUCGUCUCAGGCUCUCUCUGCCGUGCUGCAGCCUCUGUCCAGUGAAGAAGGUUCUCUGGACGGUGGUCUCCGGCUGGGACGCAGGGUCCUGUGUACGUGGGCAGAGAGGGACGUGCUCAGACCUGGUCUGGUCUACGUGGUCAAGGCCUUCAGGCCGGAGGUGGUUCGGUCGUGGCAGAGACAUUUCCACGGCAGCACGGUGCUGCAGCUCUGUCUCAGGGAGAUUCAGCAGCAAAGAGCCGCUCAGAAGAUGAUGAAGAUUUUUAACCAGAACAAACCUGAAGAUCUGCAACACACACCCAGGUUCUUGGACGUGUCUCUGGUCCUGUGGCAUUCAAACGGUCAGUGGUUGACCAUCGAGAGAAACAUGCCUGGUGAAUUCAGGAAGUACAACAACAACACCGGGGAAGAGAUCGCCCCCUGCUGCUCUUUAGAGGAAACGCUGCUGGCGUUUUCUCACUGGACGUUUGAGUAUUCAAACCGAGAGCUGCUGGUGCUGGAUAUACAAGGUGUGGGAGAAGAACUGACUGAUCCAACUGUCAUUAUGGCAGAAAACCAAAGUGGAAACAGAGGGGAGAUGCUUUUUGGAGCCGAUAACCUCGGAGACGCUGCCGUCCGUGGUUUCCUGCAGAAACACUCCUGCAGCAGCUGCUGCCGCAGACUCGGCCUCAGAGAUUUAAGGAUGAGCGUGGACGACUGUGAGAUCAGCAGCAGCAGCAGCAGCAGCAGCAGCAGCACCGAGGCAGAGCUGACGCCAAACGCAGGGUCUGACCUUUGACCCAGCAAUUACACCCGCAUCAUCACCAGAACCCCCACCCUACAACAACUCCACUGGCUCCCGGUCAGUCUCAGAAUUCAAUUCAAAAAUCCUCCUGCAUGCCUUCAAGGCCGUCCACAACCUCGUCCCUCUGUGUCUCUUCAACCUUCUCCACAUCGCCCUCAGAUCCUGCUCCACCUCACUGCACCCUCCGCCUGCCUCAGCACCAGACAUCCACAACUCUGACUCUCUAUAUGACGUAGUAUAGUAGUAUAUGCGGGGGCCCUAUCAUGACUGUGCACAUUACUAGUUGUUAAGAUAAUCUUAGGCCUCACAAAAACCGAGCUACAGCCCAACUUUCUCCAGAUGAAGUCAGUGAAGUCGAAUUAAAUUUGUGAUGAAUGGAAUGAAUGUAUGUUCAGACUGUGGUGGUAGAACUGAUGGACAGUCGCGCUUCAA